AUGCUUGCUUCCUCCUUCAAGACCGUCGCCCGCCCCGCCAGACUCGCGUCGUCCAUUGGCGCCGUCAGAACCAAGGUGUCGUUGCCCGACUUGGACUGGGACUUUGGCGCCUUGGAGCCUCACAUCUCCAGCAAGAUCAAUGAGAUCCACUACACCAAGCACCACCAGACCUACGUCACCGGCUACAACCAGGCCAUUGAGCAGCACGCGGAGGCCAAGGCCAAGGGCGAGGUCAAGAAAACCAUCGAGUUGCAGAAGAUGAUCAACUUCCACGGCGGCGGCUACACCAACCACUGCUUGUUCUGGAAGAACUUGGCGCCCGCGAAGCAAGGCGGCGGCGAGCCUCCUGCGCCGGAGUCGGCGUUUGCCCAGAAAAUCAGCGAGCAGUUCGGCUCCCUCGACAACUUGAAGGCGCUCACCAACAGCAAGUUGGCCGGCAUCCAGGGCUCCGGCUGGGCGUUCAUCGUCAAGAACAAGGAGAACGGCGGCCAAUUGGAGGUCGUCACCACCACCAACCAGGACACCGUCACCGGGCCCCUCGUGCCUUUGGUGGCCAUCGACGCCUGGGAGCACGCCUACUACUUGCAGUACCAGAACGUCAAGGCCGACUACUUCAAGGCCAUCUGGAACGUCAUCAGCUGGAAGGAGGCCGAGAAGAGAUACACCGUCAACUAA